AUGAAUUUAUUUUCUUUAUAUGACAUGGAUGCUAAAGAUUUGGGUUAUUUAUGUUCUAGUGAUGGAAAAGUUAUUUAUGAGGCAAUUAGAAUGCUUCCUUUUAUUGAUGUUGAAGCUAAUAUUAGGCCAAUAACUUGUACAAUAAUUCAAAUAGAAGCACUUUUAUAUCCAAGCUUUACUUGGUGUGAUCGUUUGGGUGGUGCACAACGUUUUUGGGUGAUUGUAGAAGAUGCAGAUGCUAAUAUUAUCCUUCAUCAUGAAAUUUUUAUUCUGCUUAAAAAGAUGGCUAUAAGUGGCGAUCCACAACGUUUAAUUUUUACAAUUCCUGUAAACGAGGAUCAAGUUAAACAUCAAUAUUUAUUAAGAGUGGCUAGUGAUCGUUAUAUUGUUGAAGAUACAGUUGUACCUUUAACUUUAGCAACGACAGUUAUGCCUACAUCGAUAAAACCACACACUGAUUUAUUGGAUCUUGAACCUUUACCUUUAUCCGCAUUAAAAAAUGUUGAAUAUCAACAACUUUAUUCUUUUCAAUUUUUCAAUCCUGUACAAACACAAGUUUUCCACACACUUUAUGCAACGGAUGAAAAUUCAUUAAUUGGAGCACCUACAUCUUCUGGAAAAACUUUGUGUGCAGAAUUGGCAAUUUUUAGACUUUUUAAUUUGAGACCCUUAAAAAAGUGUGUUUAUAUUGCUCCUCUUAAAGCUUUGGUUCGUGAACGUGUAUUGGAUUGGGAACAAAAAUUUAACAAAAAACUUGGAUUUCCGUAA